GCUCCCCGACCGGGCUGUGCCUCGCGCCCAGCAUGUCGCCCACCGUGUCGCACCGGGACUGCGGCCGGCAGCGGCGGCCCGGCACGGCGCAGCACGCCCUGGACCUGAAGGGCGCGCCGGCGCUGCAGGGCGGCUGGGAGGAGCGCGCGGGCGAGCCGGCGGGCGCCGAGGGCGAGCGGGAGGCGCUGCUGCUGCGGGACGCGGGCGCGGCCGAGCCGGGCAAGGGCCGCCGCGGCUGCCGCGCCGAGCUGGGCAGCGUGCUGCUGCUGCUCUUCCUCUACGUGCUGCAGGGCAUCCCGCUGGGGCUGGCGGGCAGCGUGCCGCUCAUCCUGCAGAGCAAGAACAUCAGCUACACCGACCAGGCCUUCUUCAGCUUCGUCUUCUGGCCCUUCAGCCUCAAGCUGCUCUGGGCCCCGCUGGUGGACGCCGUGUACUUCCGAGGCUUCGGCCGCCGCAAGUCGUGGCUGGUGCCCACGCAGUACAUCCUGGGCCUCUUCAUGCUCUACCUGUCCACGCAGGUGGACCACAUGCUGGGCGGCGACGACGGCAAGUCCCCCGACGUGCUGGCCCUCACCGUCACCUUCUUCCUCUUCGAGUUUCUGGCCGCCACGCAGGACAUCGCCGUGGACGGCUGGGCGCUGACCAUGCUGUCGCGGGAGAACGUGGGCUACGCCUCCACCUGCAACUCGGUGGGCCAGACCGCCGGCUACUUCCUGGGCAACGUCCUCUUCCUGGCCUUGGAGUCGCCUGACUUUUGCAACAAGUACUUGCGGCUGCAUCCUCAGCCGCGGGGCAUUGUUACCCUUUCAGAUUUCCUUCUCUUCUGGGGAACUGUGUUUCUAAUCACAACAACGCUAGUCGCCCUUCUGAAGAAGGAGAACAAGGAUGUGUCAGCAGGCCAUGAGGAGACCCAGGGGAUCACAGACACUUACAAGCUCCUCUUCUCCAUCAUCAAGAUGCCGGCAGUGCUCACAUUCUGCCUCCUGGUUCUCACCGCAAAGAUCGGCUUCUCAGCUACAGAUGCGGUGACAGGUCUGAAGUUAGUGGAGGAGGGGGUUCCCAAAGAACAUCUUGCCUUGCUUGCCGUCCCCAUGGUGCCUCUACAGAUCAUCCUGCCUCUGAUCAUCAGCAAAUACACAGCAGGCCCCCAACCUCUGAACAUCUUCUAUAAAGCCAUGCCCUGCAGACUGCUUCUGGGCUUAGAAUAUGCUCUGCUGGUCUGGUGGACCCCAAAAGUAGCGCAUCAAGGGGAAUUCCCCACCUACUACUAUAUCGUCGUGUUACUGAGUUACGCCCUGCACCAGGUGACACUCUACAGCAUGUAUGUGUCUAUAAUGGCCUUCAAUGCCAAGGUCAGUGACCCGCUCAUUGGAGGCACUUACAUGACCUUGCUCAACACCGUGUCCAACCUGGGUGGCAACUGGCCAGCCACGGUUGCCUUGUGGCUGGUGGAUCCUCUCACAGUGAAGGAGUGUGCAGGAGCCUCCACCCAGAAUUGCCAGACGCCAGAAGCUGCUGAGCUUUGCAGGAAACUCGGGGGUUCGUGUGUGACGGCGCUGGAUGGCUACUAUGUGGAGUCCAUUAUUUGUGUUUUCAUUGGAUUUGCUUGGUGGUUUUUUCUGGGGCCAAAAUUUAAAAAGUUACAAGAUGAGGGACCAUCUUCAUGGAAGUGCAAAAGGAGCAAUUAGUUCUUUUCUCUACUAGACAUUCUGGAAAGGUAACCGUAGUUGCAUUUUAAUUCACAGAGCAAUGAUAAUCAGUGCAUAGGAGCAUACAACACUUUCCAACAAUGGAAUGAUUCCAAUAAAAUGCCAAAUGGUUGAAAAUAGACACCUCUGCAUAUCUGACCAGUCGUUUUUUUGGCCAUAUAUUUUGAAUUUGCAGAAGGUUGGAGAAAUGCUUUCAAAAACUGUUCUGACCUGGCAUGUCUUGAUAUGUGACUCACCAUAGUGUGAGUGUGCUUUGAGCCGAAGGUCAAUGGUUGGGUGGUGGAGCCUGGUGAGAUUCCCAGAUCCUGGGGGUCACUGCAGUUUGUUGUGUGUCUAAGAACCAGUGGUCCACUUGCCUGGCCUUGGGACAAUUUAUUAUUUCAAGUUGCAAAGGGGUCAAAUUAGUAUGGAAUUCAUAGAGCAGAGAAUUUAAGCCAAUGCAAUGCCAUUUGGUUGUUCUUGUUCUUUUUCUGACCGUGACCACAUUAUCCUUUUGAAUCUGUGUUAAAAAUACUAUUUUAAAUGUAUUUUCUGCUUUUUUAAGCAUUGAAGAUUUAUAAGAAGAUGAUUCAAACUAUUUUUUAUAAAAUGAAAGCUAUGCUUUUUAAUUUAUUGAGUCCUUGCACCUGUUGUCUAAGUGCUUCUUCAGACACAUUCUGAUGAGGGGGCAGGCCCCACAUUCCCUGUGUGUGCAGGCUGCAAAUAAAGACUUUAUUUUUCAUUUUUUUUUUAUUCUUGAGAUAAAAACAAUUAUAAUGCUUUCUAAUCAGGUAUAGUAACUGUAGUGCAAACUAUUUGAUUUCAAAGUACAAAGAUGUCCGAGCCUUUGAGGAGGGAGCAUUGAGCUGGGCAUCUCUAAACACAGCACUUUACCAUGAAAAGGCCUUGCAGCUCCUCUGUGCCAAGGCAGGUGCCAGUUUUCUUCCCACAUGGAACACUGCUAUCCCAGGAACACUAAGGGGGAUGGGGGACCAAGUCCCUGAGAACUGCAGAGCCUUCAUCCUUGAAUGCCCAUUCCUGAGGCUCUUGGCUGAUUGUGCUCUGCUCUUCCGCUCCUCUGAGAUGCUGCAGAUCCUUCAGAGUCCGAAGGAGAUGAGUCUACGUCAGAACGAAAACUGCUGCUGCCUGAGCUGGUUUUGGGUCCCAUGUUGGACUAAGAGCAGGGCCAUAGGGUGUGGGAGACAGUGGCCCUUGCACAUGAGGAAAGCUGUGGCAGUGACUUGGACCCCACAGAGCCAGUGUGGGCCACAGGACCUCGUCAUGGGAGUGCCCACUGUUAUGUGUCAAUAAAGAGAAAACCAACUUUA